AUGGAGUAUCGGCACGAGGAUCAACAGCGGCGUCAGCAACUGUUGACCAUCGUUGACCGAGGCAGUGCAGAACAAUUAUUUAUUUUCUUACAACAAUAUCAUCGAAGACCAUUUCGACAUCUUGCAGAACUUAUGGCAUAUGAUGGUGUUAUUGAUGAUCAAAUCGAUUUUAUUGAUUGUACAGCAACACGAUAUAAUGUUACACCAUUAAUUAUUGCUGCUGGUAAAGGUUCUUAUGAAAAAACGAAAAUUCUUCUUGUACAUGGUGCUAAUCCAAAUAAACAAUGUUCAACAGGUGAUACAGCAUUAAAUUUGGCUGUUCAUCGUCAAAAAUAUCAUAUUGUUGAUUUACUUUUGAAAUAUCGUGCUAAUCCAAAUAUAUAUAAUCAAUCAGGUAAAACAGCUUUACAUCGUGCUGCUGUUUCAUAUAUUGAUGAAAAUGCAAAUCAUGUACGAGCAUUACUUCAGGCUGGAGCUGAUCCAACAUUAGAAGAUCGUAAUCAACGAAGACCACUUGAUGAAGCUGUGUUGGCUAAUAAACCAGAAAUUGUUGGAAUUUUGCUAUCACAUGAUCGAACAUUAGUAAAACAAGCCCAUCGAGCAGCAAUUAUUGGCGCACGUCUUGGUCACGAUAAGUGUUUGGAAACAUUACUUGAUUUUGGCUUGAAUCCAAAUAUAGCCGAUCAAACAAAUACAACACCACUUCAUAUUGCAGUUCGUUCAUUAAAAUUAUCUACUGCUCGUAUUUUGCUUUCUUAUGGUGCUGAUCCAAAUAUGAUAAAUAAUCGUGGUGAAACACCUAUAGGUAUAGCUGAAUAUUUACAACCUGAUCAAAAACAAUCAUUUAUUAAUGUACUUCUUCAUACACCAAUAGUUGAACCAUCAGAUUUUCGUAGAUAUACAAGUGGAACAAUUACAGCAAAUGUUAUUCCAUAUGUUCAUCCAUUACUUCACGGUCAUCUAAAUUGGACAUUGGAUAGUGAAGAAUUUCGAAGUCAAACUGAUAUAAAUUCAUCUGUACAAAAUCUUCUUGAUACUACAAGUGGAUCAUUUUGGUGUUGUACAUUGAAUAGAGGUGCUUGGGUUAUUUUUGAUUUAAAACAUCAAUAUCAUAUUAGUGGAAUGAGAAUUAUUGGAUGUGAUAAUCAAUCAACACCAAGAAGUGGUCAUAUUGAUGUAUCAAAUGCUUUUAAUGGUCCUUGGUUAAAAGUAAAAGAUUUUACUUGUCCAAUAUCUCAAGGCAAUAAGAAUGAUAUAUUUUUUCCACCGUUUAAAACUCGUUUUAUUCGUGUAUUUAUAUCGGAUAAUUAUGGUGGUGAUGAUAUUCGUAUACAAGGUAUUGGAUUUUAUGGAGUUGAUAUGCGUCUAGUAGAAAAACUUCGAGAAUAUGGACUUGAAAAAAGUCUUCAAACAUUAUUAGCUAAUGGUAUUAAUGAUUUAGAAACAUUGAAUGAAAAACAAGAUGAAAUUUUAAACUCAUCUGACAGAUAUUUGGAUGUUAAUGAUCAUUUUCAAUUUAUACGAUUAACAGAAUCAUUAAGAUCAUCAAAAUUAACUUUUCUUGAAUGGUUCAAUCCACCUCAAUCAACUAUUCUUGCUGGUGACAAAUUACAAACAUUUAGUGCUGCUGGUGAUGAAGCAGUAACAGAUCGUGUCAAAUUAGAAGAAAAACUUGAAAAUAGUCCACACGUAAGAACAGUACUUAUGCGAGAUCUUGAACCAAUUCAAGGUCGUUCAUUAGUUGAUUUUCCUGAUUAUGUUAUAAAAGAUCCUGGUCGAUAUAAAGUACGAGUUGUAAGUGUUGAAUCACCUAAUAUACACACUUCAUGGCAAGACAUAGUUGUUGGUAUUUUUGUAAAAACAGCAGCAGCAGCAGAAGAAUAA